AUCCGGGUUUCAUACUUUCAUAGCCUGAAGUUUUCACGUUUUAUUCUCUUCCCGUUUUAUUCUAUCAACAGUUUCUUCUUCCCAAAAAAAAAAACUAUCAACAGCUUCACGUUUUCCUCACUCCCUCUCCUAAAUCAUUUCUCCUACACUUCUGACUCUACCUUCCUUAAUUAGCUUCAGUAUUACAUACGGAGUAUUUCUUUUGAAUCCCAAUUUAAAUCCCGAUUUUUUAAUCUCAAAAAAUAAAAAUAAAUUAAUGCUCGCCAUUAAGGAGUAAUUGAAGUGCAGAAUAUACUUCGCCGGAGCCUGAAUUACGAUUUGAGAUGAAUCAGAUGAUGUGUGUGGAUGCGUUAGUGCUAUUUGCCUCUUUUCUGCUGACUUUCACACCGUGCUCGGCGGCGGUGACGGAGCCUCAACUUCUGGUGAACAUGACGCUGGUUAAAAACGCCUCAGCUACCGGAGCUUGUACGUAUAUAGUCACGCUUCAUCGAUUUAGACGAGAUCGAAUUCAUUUUUCCUGAAAGUUACUUAUCAAUUAUUGAUUGCUUGGACGGAAGUUUGCCGGCGUAUCACUUUGACAGAGGAUUCGGCGCCGGAGCUCAAAAUUGGCUUUUGCAGUUUGAGGGUGGUGGGUGGUGUGACGACAUUAAAACAUGCUUGGACAGAUCUACAUCUAAGCGUGGAUCAACGACUUAUAUGAACAAGUGGGAGGUCUUUUCGGGCAUUCUCAGCAACAAUGCCUCUCUAAACCCUGAUUUUUACAAUUGGAACCGAGUAAAGCUUAGGUAUUGUGAUGGAGCAUCAUUUUCAGGAGAUUCGAAGUUUGAUAACGGGACAGUAUUGCUUUAUUUCAGAGGGCAGAGAAUUUGGCAAGCUAUCAUUCACGAUCUCCUUCCAAAAGGUUUGGGUCAAUCAAGAAAGGCUUUGCUUUCUGGUUGUUCUGCGGGUGGGUUAUCAACUUUUCUGCAUUGUGACAACUUCACCAGUUAUCUACCCAAGACAACAAGUGUCAAAUGCUUGAGUGAUGCUGGAUACUUCCUAGAUGAGAGAGAUAUAAGUCUGAACUAUACAAUGAGAUCUUUCUACCAGAACAUGCUUUUCCUACAUGCAGCAGGACACACCCUCAACAAAAAUUGCACUGAUUCUCUUACCCAUCCUGAACUGUGCAUCUUCCCACAGUACGCAUUACCUUACAUUCAAACACCAUUUUUCAUCUUAAACUCUGCAUAUGAUGUGUAUCAAUUUCAUCACAUACUGGUUCCUCCUUCUGCUGAUUUUGGUGGGCAUUGGAAAGCUUGCAAACUCAAUCCAGCAGCCUGUAGUCAAUUACAAUUGAGAACUUUACAUGGAUUCAGAAGAGACAUGCUCGCAUCUCUCACAGUUUUCUAUUACCACUCGAGAAGAGGAGGAAUGUAUAUAAAUUCAUGUUUUGCUCAUUGUCAAAGUGAGACUCAGGACACAUGGUUUGCAGUUGAUUCUCCCCGUAUAAAAAACAAGACUAUUGCAGAGGCAGUCGGUGACUGGUACUUCAGCAGAAGGGGAAGCAAACUGGUUGAUUGUGCAUAUCCCUGUGAUUCUACUUGCCAUAAUACCAUUGGCUGACAUACACAGAUUCAAUCACAUUCAACCCUGCACACAGAUUUCAUGAAAAGUAAUUGGAGAUGACAAUAAGUUUGUGAUUCUAUAUUGGUUGGCACAGUACAUGAUAACCACUACAAAAAAACUGUCAAUUUGCAGCAAAACCAUUAGUCAUUACAAACUGUCUGUUUGAUAAGAGACCGAUUUGCAGAAACUUGUUACAAGUUCGUCACAAAUUGACAGUUUUUUUGUAGAUAGAAUAUAUGUGCGGUUUAUGAUACUCAUAGGAGAUAGGUUAAGAAUACAAUUAUACAAUUAAGAAAAGAUUUGUCUCAUACAUAGCAUAGGAUUAGUGAACAAAUUCAUUUUUAGCAACGAAUAAGAGCAGUUAUUUAUUGAUGUAUACACAUAUUAUUGAUUCGCCUCUUAGACAAAUUGAUCUUUCAUUUCAAUGUACACCAAUUUUAUACAAGUAUUUAGCUUCGCCCCUUAGACACCCA